CACAAACCACUUUUGGAAUAACAAGAAUAGAACAGUGACAUUCUUACCAACUUAUUCUGUAUUCGUAUACUUUUAGCUCUUUUCGUGAAAGUGGUGAAAAAUAUUCAAAAUAAAAUUAAAUAUUCGUGAAAAUAUUCAUCGCUUAUUUUAUUCAACUGCUAUCAAAUGGCUUGGCGUUUGGCGUUAGCUAUUUCCGGCAUACUCAUACCCUUCUCAUUAAUCUACUCAUAUUACCGCCAUAAACUGAACUACUUUGAACAUCGUGGCUUACCCUAUGUGGCAGCUGAUAUCCUGCCCAGCCAGCGCAAUUCGAAGCAUCUACUACGCAGCGCCUACAAUCAUUUUAAGGCGAGCACGCCCAUCGCAGGCAUAUUUCUCCACACUACACCUGCAAUUGUCAUACUCGACUUGGAGCUGGUGAAACGUGUGUUGAUCGAUGAUUUCUCAAACUUCUCUGAUCGUCUGAGCAAUCAAUCACUUAACAAAGAUUUUCUUUAUUCACUUGAUAACACAGAAUGGCAGGCGUUGCGCCGCAAGUUGACCCCUUGCUUCUGGUCGGCUAAAAUGGGUUUCAUAUUUCCGCGCGUCAUCAGAGCUGCUGAGUGCUUAGUAGCCAAUGCGGAUGCAGUUCUUCCAAGAGAACGUCACACUAUAGAUUUACAAAUGCUUUGCACCCGCUAUGCCACGGAUGCAUUAGUCAGUUGUGUGUUUGGCGUAGAGCUGGACGGCGCAGAUGAGUCAGUGGAGGCGUUGCGCUGGCACAUAAAUGAGCUAUUGACGCGCGAGUGUCAAACGCGAUUUUCAGCUAAUUUGAUGAUGACAAAUACGAGUUUGUGUUGGGCCAAGUGCACGCAUGCUCAAGUGGUGUCACCUAAUUUGAGUGCACACCUAGCGGAUGUAGUGCAAAAGGUGUUAGAACAGCGAAGAACACAUAAGACGAAACGAAAUGACAUUCUACAAAUACUUAUUGUAAUGCUGUCUGAUGAGCAAAAUGAUCGCAGUGAAGCUAAUGAAGCUGACAAUGAGCGCAAAGCAAUGGAAUUGGUCAAACAAUCGUUUGCCACACUGCUAACCGGUUUUGCUAAUACUGCAACAGUACUGGCACACUGUUUGCAUGAACUGGCUUGCAACGUGGAAAUACAGCGGCAAUUGCGCCAGAAUAUUGUGAGCGUGUUGCAGAAUUACGAGCUUGAGUUUAGCUACGAAGCAAUGGGGCACAUGUACUACCUCGAUCAGGUGGUGGCAGAAACAUUGCGUAAACACCCUGUGACAGAGAUGCUCAUGCGCCACACACUCAGCGACUACCCUGUUCCCGGCUCUGCUUAUGCAAUCGAACGCGGCACUUGUGUGUUAAUACCCGUGCAUGCCAUACACCACGACCCAACGGUUUAUCCAUCCCCCGAGCAAUUCGAUCCGGCACGCUUUGAGGCAGCGGCGGUGAUGGCGCGUCACGCAUGCGCUUAUUUGCCGUACGACGAUGGACCACGCAACUGUUUGGGCAAGCGUUUGAGCAAAAUGUUAAUCAAGGUGGCACUUGUGGCGCUGUUGCGCAUCUACAAAGUGGAAGAGGACGCGGAACACGCUGAGAAGUCACCAACAGAUAGCGAAGCUGUUGCGGUGAGCCAUAGAGCUAUUCGUAUACAAAUGCAGAGAAUUUAAGUAGUGGAAGAUUUGUAUUUAGAACUUUUGUUUUAAAAUUUAUAGUCGCAUAGAAGAGCAAAAAAAAUUUUUAAGUUGAGUAAACAAAAUUUCAAAUCAUACUCAACCAAUUUCUUUACAUAAACAGACUUGUUUAAUACACAAGCAUUUUUUUUAUCACGAAUGACUUCAUUUUUGUUGGUUAUUUUAUGGGUAUAAGAAAUAAGAAAAAUAUCUCUGAAAGCUUGCAUAUUUAGCUCUUCGCCACUUCGUCUUGU